CACUUGCUUUUAUUCAUCAACACGAUCGAAACAGAUGGUCUGGUUGGCUUCCUGCCAUUUCCAUCCUUUCUUCACCAUCGAUAAUGGAGCAAAAGAACCAACACCAUCAUCCAUCUCACUGCGACACUGACAGUUCUUGCAGCUUCACUGUCUUUCAACCAUGGAAUACAGAAGGCUUGGAUGUAAAGAAGAAAAGAAGGCUGCUAAUUGAUCAACUAAGUCUACCCACAUCGAAGCUACCAUGUUGGGGUCCAAGCUCAAUUAGCAUUCCCCAUGGAGCAGAUAACUUCAAGUUUGAUAAAAAGCUUCAAGAAGAAGAAGAGGGAGAAGAAAGCACCCCUACAGAAAUAGCAAUAGAAGGUAAGGAGACGUCCAAAGAGCAGGUUCAAAUGCAGGGUGAGAAAGAUAAGUUGCAGCGGAGCUAUGGCCAUGAGGAAGAUCUAUUGGAGUUUGGAAGCCAUGGACAUAACUGCAUUUAUGAGCAAUGUUGCAGUGACAGUGCUCAAAGCUUGCUGCUCCUCCCCACAAACUCCAAGCAUGACUUUGUUUUGUCAUCUGGGAGAUGGAGCGUAGACCCAGAGGCAGAAUCCAAGACUAUCAAACCAACUAUUGAUCAAGAGUUUGAGCAGUACUUUUCUGUGUUUUUGCCAUCCUUGGAUCCCUGAUAUUUACAUCUUGAAUCCGAUGUGUAACUACUUUCAAAGAAUUUGGAAGUGUGUUUGUGCAUGUGCGUGUGCCACAAUUCAAUUUAAGUGAUAUCUAUGAAUGUGAGAUAAAGUGAAUGAGAUUCUACCGAA